AUGAGUUCCUCCUCAGGCGAUUCCAGAGACCGGAAAGUUGCUCUUAUCACUGGGAUAACGGGUCAGGAUGGUUCUUAUUUGGCGGAAUUCCUUUUGUCACAUGGAUAUGAAGUUCAUGGCAUAAUAAGACGCGCAAGCACUUUCAACACCGCUCGCGUGGAUCAUAUUUACACCGCGCAACAAAGCGCCGAUAAACGCACUUUUUUCCUUCACUAUGGUGACAUGACCGAUAGCUCAUCUCUCAUCAAGGUUAUUAGUCAAGUUAUGCCCAGCGAAAUAUACAACCUGGCUGCUCAGUCACACGUGAAGGUAUCUUUCGAGCUGAGUGAAUACACUGGGGACGUUGUGGGCUUAGGAACCUUACGCCUUUUGGACGCAAUCCGUACAUGCAAGAUGGAGCAUCGUGUUAAGUUUUACCAAGCUUCCAGCAGCGAACUCUAUGGAAAAGUUAUGUCCAGUCCUCAAACUGAAAUUACACCCUUUUAUCCGAGGUCACCUUAUGGAGUCGCAAAGUUGUACGCCCAUUGGAUUGUCAUAAACUAUAGGGAAUCGUACGGUCUGUUUGCGUGCGCUGGUAUUCUCUUCAAUCAUGAGAGCCCCCGUCGGGGCGAAACAUUUGUCACCAGGAAGAUCACACGGGCUGUUGCACGAAUCAAGCACGGAUUGCAGAGCACAGUGUUUUACGGGUUGCGCGAAUGCGAUAAUGAUAAAAAUGUUAGUCCGAUGCCUUUACUCACGCGCUUUGUGGUUACGGGUGUCACCUUCCAUCUAGAAGAGCGCCCAUGA